AUGUCAUAUCAGGAGGAUGAGAGGCGAGUGUACGGGAUGAAGAUCAUGGAGCUGCAGAAGCAGCUGAGCAUGGACGACCAGGAGGCCAACGACCUGCAGAGCGAGCACGACAUGUAUCUGCGUGCUGCUCUCGACAACUACAGGAACUGUCUUCUUGCUUCCGACGCUUUCAACAUCAAAGUGGUAACUUCCGAAGUGGUAACUGCUGAAGUGGUAACUGCUGAAGUGGUAAUUGAUGAAGUGGUGUUCCGCCUGACAGCCCUCUGGUUCACUCUGCUCAACGAUGCCACCGCGGACGCGGUCAAUGCGGAGAUGCUCACAACCAUCUCAGCUGUGCCAUCAUACAAGUUCCUGCCGCUGGUCUACCAGAUGGCAUCACCUCAUGCACAAUGCAGGUGCUUCUUGCUCUUCUCCCCUCUCCAUGCUCUUUGCCCCUUCCUGCCGUGCCCUCCCCCCCUCCCCCUUCCCGCUCUCCCUUCCCCCUACCCCUUCCCCCUCCCCCUUCCCCCUCCCCCUUCCCCCUCCCCCUUCCCCCUCCCCCUUCCCCCUCUCCCUCCUCCACAGUCAGUGCUGACAACGCUCGUCAAGCGAAUGGCAGACGACCAUCCGCUGCACACCGUGCCUGUGCUCAUGGCACUAGCCAAUGGCAACAGGGUGCGCAGCAGUCAGCGUGGGCGAAACCUCUUUGUCGUGGAUGAGGACAAGAUCCGGGCGGCAAAGGCUGUCCUGGGCGGUAUGGCUGGGCGGCACAAGCCCAUGCUGGAUGAGAUGCAGCAGCUGAUGGAUCUGUACAUCCGCCUGGCGGAGAUGGAGUCCAGCAAGGAGGUGGGUGCGGUGUGGUGCGGUGGAACACGGCUCACUCGCAGUCACUUCACUUGCAAUCUGUUGCACCUAUCUUUCUCCUUGCUUCUCUGGACAGCCACUUGCUUUCCACUCUCCUCUCCUCAUUCUUCUCUGCAAAUCCGAAAUCCAUUGAUUCUCCACCAUCCACCAUCCCACUCGUCUCAGGAUCUCAUGCGUUCGAAGCAGCUUCCGAGAAACUUCCGCAGCGUGAAGGAUCUCUUACGAGUGCCGGUGCUCACAGCCUCGGUGCCUGUGGACCGAACCUGCUGCUAUGCCCCGGGGUCCUUCCCUGCCUUCUGUGGGCUCAAGGACACCAUGAGGGUGAUGCAUGGGGUGAAUGCGCCCAAGGUGGUGGAGUGCAUGGGAUCGGACGGCCGCGUGUACAAGCAGCUUGCUAAGUCGGGCAACGACGAUCUGCGCCAAGAUGCUGUGAUGGAGCAGCUGUUCGGGCUGGUGAACUCGCUGCUGCAAGCCCAUGAGGGGGCCACCAGGCGCCACCUCGCCAUCCGCACGUACAAGGUGCGCCCCUCUCUGCGCCUGUGCCUGCAUGGGCACUUGCACUCGCAUCGAGGUGCAGGCACUCACAUCGAUGUGCAGGCACUCACAUUGAGGUGCAGGCACUCACAUCGAGGUGCAGGCACUCACAUCGAGGUGCAGGCACUCGCAUCGAGGUGCAGGCACUCACAUUGA